AUGUGUAUAUUUACCACUAAUAUUAUCUAUCUAUCUAUCUAUCUAUCUAUCUAUCUAUCUAUAUGUCAUUUACAGACAGUGCUGAGAUGCUAUUUUUUUGUUUCUUUUUCUUUUUUUCUUCGUUACUUUUUUAUUUCUUUCUUUCGGUAUUUCUUUUUUUUUCUUUUUGUUAUGUUUUUUUUCUUUUUCUUAACGUUUGGAUCCUUUCGUUCGUUCUUUCUUUCUUUCUUUCACUGUUUCUUUUUUUUUUUCUUUCUCGGCGUUUUAUUAUUUGCUAAAUUUUGUGUUUCUUUUUUUGUUUCUUUUGGUUUCGUUAUUUUUGUUUCUUUCUUUCUUCCUCAAUGUUUCUUUUUUGGUAACUCUCUCUUGUUCUCUUUCUUGCUUAUCUUUCUUUUCAUCAAUGUUUCUUUUUUUUUUAAUAACUUUUGGUUUCUUUCUUUUUGCUUUCCAUAUUCUUUCGUUUUGUCCUUUGUUUCCUUCUCCAUGUUUCUGGUUUUAGUAACUUUCUCUUGCUUUCAUCAUUCAUUCAUUCUUCCUCUCUUUUUUUUUUCUUUCUUGCGAGCAAAUUGGCUGUCAGAUUUUUGUUCUUUUUUUUUUUUCAAGAGUCAAGGUCAUAGGGACGAGGCAUGCGGUAGGGUCGCAAAGGUCAACGCGCAAGUCAUAAUUCUUCUUUGUCGCCGGGGCACAAGCAAGUGA